GCCCGGGCCGCCCGCACCGCCCAUAAAGGCCGCCGGCGGGGCCCCGCUGCACCCCGUCUCCAGCCCGGGCGCUGACUCUCCGUGUCGUCUGCCUGGGACCUCCGUCCUCGCCUCGCCUCGGCUCGAGAUGGACCGCGACUGCUCCUGCUCCACCGGUGGCUCCUGCACGUGCGCUGGCUCCUGCAAAUGCAAGGAGUGCAAAUGCACCUCCUGCAAGAAGAGCUGCUGCUCCUGCUGCCCUGUGGGCUGUGCCAAGUGUGCCCAGGGCUGCAUCUGCAAAGGCGCAUCGGACAAGUGCAGCUGCUGUGCCUGAUGUGUGAGAACAUCCGUUCCUGAUGUAAAUAGAGCAACAUGCAUAAACCUGCAGUUUUUUACUUUUUCAUUCUACCCUGAUCCAGUUGCUACAUUCCUGUUUCUAUGAAAUCUUUGAACGACAAUAAAUUCAUCUAGACUCUUCUGGC